UGAGCGGACUUCCGCUCUGAAGACACCAUCAAUAACAAAUACAUAGUCACAGUCGCAUGUUUAUCAGUGUAUGUGGAUAUUUACAUUAAUCAUAUAGGUAAUGGGACUCUUGUUAUUUCAGAAACAGUUUUUGAAGAGAACUGAAAAGGAAUAACCUCUUUUUCACACCAAACCGAGAAAAGAAACAAUGGAGGAUUACAUCAAAAUUGAGAAAAUUGGUGAAGGAACUUAUGGAGUUGUAUAUAAAGGCCGACACAAAAAGUCAAACAGAACUGUUGCAUUGAAGAAAAUCCGUCUGGAGAGCGAAGAGGAAGGCGUGCCAUCCACCGCAAUCCGAGAAAUAUCGUUGUUAAAAGAAUUGCAGCAUCCCAAUAUUGUAGGACUUGAAGAUGUUCUCAUGCAAGAAAACAAACUGUUUCUGGUGUUUGAGUUUUUGUCGAUGGAUCUGAAACGUUACAUGGACUCAAUACCGUCCGGUCAGUUCAUGGACAAAAUGCUAGUCAAGAGUUACCUGUACCAGAUCAUGCAGGGUAUCCUGUUCUGUCACCAGCGACGAGUGUUGCACCGUGACCUCAAACCUCAGAACCUUCUCAUUGACAAUAAGGGGAUCAUCAAACUGGCUGACUUUGGUCUGGCCAGGGCAUUUGGUAUCCCUGUUAGGGUCUACACACACGAGGUUGUGACGCUGUGGUAUCGUGCCCCAGAGAUUCUGCUUGGAUGUCAGAGAUAUUCAACACCUGUUGACAUCUGGAGUAUAGGUUGUAUAUUCGCCGAAAUGAUCACAAAGCGGCCACUGUUCCAUGGAGAUUCUGAAAUUGAUCAACUAUUCCGAAUAUUCAGGACGCUGACCACACCCACUGAGGAAGACUGGCCUGGAGUGACAAACAUGCCAGACUACAAACCAACCUUCCCUAACUGGAGGACAAACCAGCUGGCCUCUGCGGUCAAACAGCUGGACAACACUGGUCUCGACAUCUUACAGCAAAUGUUGAUUUACGACCCUGCAUAUAGAAUCUCUGCCAAGAGGGCGCUGAACCAUACCUACUUUGCCAACUUGGACAAGUCCGGGCUUCCAGCAAACCUCACGGCGCCAACAUUUUGAUCUCUAGUCACAAAAGAUAACAAAUAUGGAACUUGGACCUCAUGAAUACACACAUGUAGUUGUCCGCCAGAUGAACAAAAAACAGGCACAGGGUUCCUAUUCAUGUGCUUAUGAUUGCAGGAAGAAGUUUUAUGCAAAUAUUGACUUUCCUGCGAUAUGGGAAAAAAAUAAUCAACAGGAAGAAUGUUUGAUAGUAAGUCAAAACUGUUCAGAAGCAAGAUGGUUCAACUUCAGGAUGUGCUUUUGUGCAUGUUGAGUGCCUAUUGACAUUUAUGUACUUAUGGAAUGUUUUAUGCAUGACAGUGCUGUAUGGAACAGUGAAGUGAUAAAGUCAUUUAUAGCAUUUCCAUUGGAGACCAUGGAUAAUAUGUAUAUAGUGUGAAGAAAGGUGACCUCAUGGAUUUUAUCAUAUCUUGGAUCAUUCCUCAGUUGUAGGAGGUGUUGUGUAAAAUCGGCAAAUUAGGCCAAAAUCUAAAAGUUGUGUGUUACAUGUUUGUCAGUCUGAAACAACAUACACACUUCCGUAAGGUUUUAUAAAGCCAGUUAUUAAUAGGCAAUAUAAAAAGCAAGAUCCUUGAUUUUUCUUUGUUUUUUUUAAUUGUGUGUAAACUCUACUGUAAAACAUAUUACACGUACCUGCAGAUAUUGAUUAUUAAAAGGCAAAAUUUGUCACCAUUUGUCCGAUUUGGCCUUUUUGAGUGAUGGGGAAUACUAUUGUUUAGUCUGGUAAAUGACUGCACCAAAACUGAAACUUUUCUAUCUUUGAUAAAUAUUCUGUGAUUUUAGUAAGUUAGUGCUUUCAUCAUGUUCAGAGGCAACAUUAAGACCAUUUUGAGGAUUAAUAUACUUAUUGUAUUAAUACCACCAAUUGAAAAUUUCAAGCAGAAGGCAAAGUGUUCAAAAAUUGUUCCAUGCUACCUUUUUUUUUCCCUCUUUAUAUUUUUGCAUUUUACUAUAAACUGGUUUUCCCACCAUCCAUCUAGUUCUAGACAAAAUUUUCCUACAAGUAAUCCUGCCAACUUUUACUGUCAGAAUGAAGGUGCCUUGAUUAUCAAAGUGUUUAAACAGUUUUAAUCAAAUAUUUAAUAAUCCAUGCACCCUUUUCAUUUGUUCUUCUAUCAAGAUAAUGGGACUAUGGUAUUGAAAUGCCUUGUAACACAUGUUUUGUUCUGAAACCCAGUAGUAAUCUAUAAUAUCAAGUUCCCCACAGAAUAACAAUCAUAUCAGCCUGCACAUGGAGGAUGUUUUAGGAUUUUUUUACAGACUAUGACUCCCAUACCCCAUCUACAUUUUCCCUUGAUCUCUCUAUAUAAGUCUCAUUGAUGUUAAGGAAUUGUAUAUAGAUUAUAGAAAGGAAACACCUACUUGUGCAUUAUAAUUGGUGAAAAAAAUCUCUUUGCUUCUUUUGUACUUUUUUAGUCUAUGUAAAAGUCAUUUUCAUACUGAAGUUUGCCAUUCUACAUAUUAAACCAAAAAUUGAGAAUUUUAUUUUACCAUACAAAUUUAAAAAAAUAAUUCUGUGUUUUACCUAUUUCAUUUUUUAGCAAAAAAAAUAAUUCAGUGCUAAAGAUCCAUAUCCUUCAACACUUUCUGUCUUUUUCUGUCUUUCUCUGUCUUUUUCUCCUCCCUAUCUCUUCUAUUGCUCCUUCUUUUUUUCUUCUUCUUGUCUAUCCUAAGAUCUAAACUUCAAUAUUUACGUGUUCUCACAAAUUUCUUAGUGUGCAAGUUCAUGAACCUGAGUGGAGUUUUUGUAUGCAUGUUCAAAGUGAGUUGUACCUUAUAUUAUUGUGUUGUUAAUUGUACCAACAUAAAUCUGAUGUUUUUAUGCUAAAAAUAUUUAAAGGGACAUUCAAGCCUAAGUGUAAAAAUAUGCCUCUGUUCUAGAAGUUUAUUAAAUCUUGAACCUUUCAGAUGCAUUGUUGUCGCUGUGAUUAAUUAGCAUACUGUUUGCUGUUAGAUACAUAAAAAAAAACACUUGUCAAUUACACUGUGAUCAAAGGCUUACUGUAAUUGUUCAGUGUUUAAUUUCCGGUUGUAAUGGAAUUCUCCUUUCUUUUGAAAAUCAAGCCAUAAAACGUCUGUUCGUGUGAAUGUCCCAUUAAAUAUUGGUAUGACCGAAUGUUGAGAAUUUCCAGCACAGGACGAGAUUACAGAUCCUUCCACCAAUGUGUUCAAGGUGUGAAUAUUAGUUUUAUUAAUGUUUAGUUCAGACUUUUAAUACUUUGCAUGUGGUAAAAUUUGUAAAAAAAAAAGAUCACUAACCAUUAUCAUACUUCUUGGAAAAUCAAGAAAUAAAGUGUGCAUUCCAUUCAAUGUGUAUUGAGAGUGUGACUGAAUACUAACUCAUGGGUAGCUAUCAACUGGGUUGCUAAUUAACUCAUGGGUAUCGAGGCUCGUCAAGCGUUGUGAAAUCUAUGUGUAAAAUGCAUUGCUGGCAUUUAACAAGAGUUUCAUAUUAUAUAUAAUCAUUGGUGAAUUAAUUAUGGACGGUAUGUGGGGCAUCAUUAUAAUGUCUUGUAUGUUGAUUGUGUUUGAAUGGCACAGUGUGUUUGUGUAUGGAAAAGAAUGUAUCAUGCAAUAUUUCAAUUUGUGAUCACUUAAUUGUGUAUUUAUACUGGUAAUUAGAUCACUUGUGAUGAAAAAUAAAUAAAUUAAAAAAAACAC